GUGACCGCUUCCCGCCAGCACAACUCACUCCUCCUGUUGCACCCCCGUAACCAGCCCGUAACCCUCCUGCACGUUAUUGUACAGCGAUUUUCACUCUCAUAUUAAAUUUGUUGGAAAAAUUUAGUCUGGAUGAAAUUUUCGAAAUUUUUAAUUAGAGAGAAGAGAGAAACGAGGGAUGUGAAAUAUAUUACAUGUGUAUUGUGUUCGCAGGUAGCAGUGUUGGACGGAGUCUGGAUUAGAAUUCUCUUCAAUUUGCUUCACGCGCUCGGAGCCUCACAGGUUCCUGACAAUCACUGGAUGCCGGGCGAGAGCAGGAGGAACCGUGCCCACGUUUAGGUUGUUGGACAAUCGGUUGCGUGCGCUUGACGCAGUUGCAUUUGAUGGGACAUUCACUCUUCCUGCUCCUCCGCUUCGGAACUGGAUUUGGCUCAAAGAUCAAGUUGUAAACGUUGCUGCUGAAAAUGUUGUCCUCGUCGGGUUUGACCGGCGGUGGCGGCGGCAAAAGAUUUUCUUGCGUCUCGUCAAUGGUACUGUUGACGCAGUACGAGAGCACCGUCCGCCAACUGCAAGGUUGGUCGCAGCACUCACGGGUGACGCCGCCCGCACCCUUUCUUGGGCCGACGUUGCCCGUCGGCAGGGCGCCCGGUCCGUGGAGUCCUCCUCUUGAUUGGCAAGCGAGCUCCAGCACGUCGGCCAGAUUGGAGCCGCAGAACUGGAUGCUGGUGUCAAGUCCAUGUGGAUAGCCGAUGACGACAGACGUGCAGGUCAGCAUCACGACCGCAGUCAGCACCAGUUUCUGAUGAGGCAUCAUCUGCAAAAGGAAAAGAAGGCGCGUGGCUUUUGCGAUAAGACCGACCAACAAAUGGUAAAUUCACACGUUAACUGGCCCCUUAUAUAUCACUGCGGGGGUGUUUAUUUGCUACAAAAUAUACAUUUCGGAGGCGCAGGUGCACAAAUUGGUGAUUGAAAGAAAAAUUGAGGAAAGGGUUUUUGGUUGUGUUAUAUAAGGAGAAGGAAUUAAUCGCUUUUCGUUUAAAUGGGGAAUUUAUUGUCAAGGAAAAUUAAUGAAAAUGGGGAACAAUUUAAGCGUGAAAAUUAGUAUCCGAGUGUUAUUGAAAAUACCUGCCAAAUUUAUAUUAAAUAACAGGUGUUGAGUGUCUGACAGUGAGGAGAGACGAUUAAUUACUGACUGCAGUGUAUCGCCUAUUCAGUAUCAAUUCGAGCAGGUGCGCUCUAGAGAGUUGCUUUGUAUUCUCGGUUAAAUAGAUAUUACGCAUGAAGCGGAUGACCGAUCGAUUAAGCGAAUUAUAAUUUAUCUGACCGCCGCGGCGCGUCACAUCCUCGCUGAUAUGAUUUUUUGCCAAAUGUGUGCAGCGCGCCGAGAUGAAAUAAAUAAAAUGUUUACCUCAGCAAAAGUUGUUAAUUUGGGUGCGUGAGACGCUGACUGCCGCCGCUGCUUCAUGGAGGAGCACCACUCGCGCAAUGAGGCCGCGACCCUCCAUAUAUCACUGACCCGGUCGGGUCAAUACUAUAAUAAUACUCGUCAAGUCUGCAUGUGGCUACUGACCUCCGCCAACCACUAAAUAUGCUGAAUUGCAUCGUUUCCUGAACAAAGUGUGAUAAGAUAAGGCGCCUAGUACAAUAAAAUCUAUAAUAUAAAUUCACGAAAGCGUAAUGUAUAGUAAUUAAAAAAAAAUAUACUAUUUACAUUAUGUAAUAUCUGCAUAAAUUUAAAGUAAGAAUUAUUAGUUAUAUUUAUAAAUAAAGUUGAUUUAAUCGUUUGACAUUUAUCUACAGCCAGAGUUAAGAAUUAAUAUUGCGCAAUAUAUACGUGUAUAGUGUGAGAGGUAGCGAUCGAGCGCCAACGUGCCAACAAACUUUUAAGCGAUUAUUGUAUACGGCCGUCUGCUUAAAACUUGUAAAGUAAUAAAUAAAUUCAUCGCAUUAAAUAUAUAAUGAAUUUUUUCCUUUCGAAUUAAGAUUUUCCGCUUCAAGAAAAUUAAUUCAAAGCAAUUCAAAUGACUUCCUUUUUCAAUCAUCCUUUAUUCUCACGCUCCCUUGACAUUUUUGCGCCUUUUAUUUGGUAAUACAGGCACGGUUGAGAGCGCAUCUCUGAUUGGCUGAUUGUUGGCAAUCAGAGCCAUCUACGGAGGAUGUGAAAGCAUUUUAAUUUGUUCCGGCCGUUCUCAUUGGUUGACAAAUAUUGACUAGUGGCUGCAUUAUCAAACUUGGAUUGCCGAUUUUCACGUGAAAUUCGUCGACAAGUCAAAAAAUUAGGCCAAAAUCAAACAUCGGAACUUCCGCCGAGACGGAAAAAGUGGUCGGCUGCCGACUUGUUCACGGCUGAAUGUUGAAAUCGGUUAAAGAAUUACGUAAUGGCGGCUAGGCUUGCAGCCAAUCAGCGCGUCGCUUGCAUGCGAUGAGUUUCGGCUUGCUUUUGCCAUUCGCGUCGGAAUAAAGGCGAAUUUUAACGCAAUUGUGACGGACUGUGGCGAUAAAAUAGGCCCGAAGCGAGCAAGCAGUGUCCGGUAAGAAUUUCCAAGGAAGGCGGAGGACUUGCGCGGCACGGGAGUCACGCCGGUGGCGAGCCCGUGUUGUUGGCCGAUUUCCACAGGCGGCAGUUGAGGGACCAUUUUGGCAAAUUGUGGUGGCAUGUUUUGGAGAGGCACGUGAAAAGGUAAACAAACGAGGAGAUGUCAUCACGGGGUGGCAAGAAGCGCGGCCGACCGCCUAAGGCCGUGUCGCUCGAGCGCCCGAAGAGCAGCAGCAAGGUGGUCAAGAAACCGAAAUAUUUGCUCGGGUCAGAGACGCCCAGCAGCUCACGGGCCUCUUCGCCGGGCUCUUCCCUGGGCCGGCGUUCCUCCAAAAGAACAGCCGCGUCCCGACCUUCGGUAACAAACUCAACACCAAGCAGUUCCAAACGUGGAGGCGCCAAUCAGCGCGGCAAAAGUCGCUACGGCUACCAAGAAUUUCACUACGGCUCCGAUUUUGAGGACGAUGACUCAGCGAGCAACAAGAGUGACCUGGAGGACGACUUGGACUCGCCUGAGAGCGAAGAUGAAUCUAUAGUUGACGAGGAGUCGGUUCACGAAGUCAGUGAUGAGGAAUUCUCCCUCACCAGUGAGCGUCCAAAGGCGUCUCAAAGACCGAGUCCGAUACCUAUAUGGCUUCAGGAUGAUAAAGAGUGCCCGCCCUUGGAGCUACCUGCCUCUUCAGACGACCUGAUGGUGCCUCGAGAAUACGUGAUGAAAGUUCUAUCAGUUUACGAGGUGGUGCGCCACUUUGGCUCCCUUGUGCGGCUCUCUCCGUUUCGUUUCGAGGACCUCUGCGCUAGUCUUGUGUCUGAGGAGCAGAGUGCCCUGUUAGCUGAGGUACACAUGGCUCUAUUGAAGGCUCUGCUCAGGGAGGAAGACGCUCAACAAACUCACUUUGGCCCUCUGGACCACAGAGACAGCGUCAACAUUCUGUUGUAUCUCAUUGACCCCUUGACUUGGCCUGAAGCUCUUAAAGCCUAUGUUGAGAGUGACAAAGAGUUCGUUGCAUACGGACGAGUACAACAGAUUGUCAGCCACGAGGACUACCCAUUUGUGGACAUAGCUGACAGACUAGAGGUGCUCCAGUUUCUCACUGAUCAGUUCCUCACAAUCAACCCUGUUCGAGAGGACUUGCUGAGUGAAGGCAACAUUUCCUAUGAUGACCACUGCAGAAUUUGUCACCGAGUUGGCAAAUUACUUUGCUGCGAAACUUGCCCAGCUGUGUUCCAUUUGGAAUGCAUAGAACCAGCCCUGCAAGAGGUGCCAAACAAUGAUUGGCAGUGUGCUUUGUGCAAAGCAAACCAAGUGACGGGGGUCAGUGACUGCUCGUCGGCCCUCGAGAAGUCAAACAUUCUGUACAGACAAGAACACUUAGGUUAUGAUAGACAUGGUCGCAAGUACUGGUUCCUUGCUAGAAGAAUUUUUGUUGAAAAUGAAGAAGGUGAAAUCUGGUAUUACUCUACUAAAGUUCAGCUAGAUGCUUUGUUGGAUGCACUUGACGACGAAGACAUGGAAUCCAUGCUGUGCAGGGAGUUGAGUGACUGCCAUGACGAGAUUGUGAGACAAAUGGAAAUCACUGAAAAAGUCACUAUUUCUCAGAAGGGCAAUAAGAAAAGCUACUUAGACAGUGAAAAUGCUGCAAUAAUCAAAGCCCAGAAAGACAAAGAGGAGAAAGAGGCUAAAGAGUUGGAAGCAGCAAAGGCGAGAGAGGAAGGGCUGGACGUCGAUGAAGCACCUGAAGCUGUGGUACAAGAGGAAGUUGUCACUGAGGAGGUGGAAACAGCUAAUGCAAAAGAUGUAGCAGCCACUCCUGCGGUAACUCCUGCAAAAGACAAGGAACCAGGCAAGGAGGGAAGUGAUCAUGAAUCAGAGAAAGAGGAAGAGGAAACUGAAGUCAAAGAUAAAGAUGGAAAACAUGUGAUUGUGACUAGAUCUAAGACAGGAAGUUUGACCCCUCGCACUUUCAACAUGGAAGAUCUGCGCAGAAGAGCGGCAGCAACAGAAAGUGGAGGAUCUGAAGGACUGCGAAUGACUAGGCUGAAGGCCCAUCAAAUAGCGUCUGGCACUUACCUUUUCAAACUUGGAAUGGAAGGAGGUUUCAAGAACUAUGUCAACCACUACUCGGUCAUUCCAGGUGCUCUGACAAGAGCUCAGCGCAACGAAGAGCGAGACAAAAAACGUCAUCUCUCCCACAAGUUUUCCCUCACGCAGGCGUCUGAAUUCAAGUGGGCUGGACCUGUGAAUGGCACUAGGGCGUUGUUGAUCAACACGCUCAGGCAGACGAUGCUUCAGGUUGAAACCAACAUGCAGACGGCUUUCAUGCAUACAAACUGGCCUUUGUUGAAGAAGCAAUGGGUGGCUUCCGUCACUGCCAGCAUCAACCCAAAAGAUUUUGCCAAAGCUUUGAUUAUUCUGCAAGCUUGCAUGAAGCCAGUCGUGUUUGCUACCGUCUGGCAUGAAUCUCUUGGCCACACAAAGCUUCAGAGGCUCACUGCUGCUGAACGAGAGGAUAGAAAGAAACUUGAAAAGAGGGAAAAGAAGGAGAAAGAUGAGGAAGAGGAGAGAAAUCGGCUCAAUUACAGUUUGGUCAAGUACACACUUGGACUGAAGCAUCAAGUCUACAAGCAAAGGGGCGAGGAGUAUCGCAUACAUGGUCAGUGGGGCUGGAUGUGGCUGAACCAAGCCAGAAAAUUCAAAGCUGAAAGCUGUGCCGGCAUGGGUCUAAAAGGCACACCCCAAAAAUUGAUGGUGCAAGUCAAAGAGGAUCGAGUGACCAAAAUCAUUGCUGUUGACUUACCUGUCUACAACAAGCUGAUUGAUAGGUCAGACCUGCUAACUGUGUCUGACAGCCAAAUUCCAAAGCCUGAGGGCUACGUACCAAGCAGUACCAGACUCAAAGAGAGGGCAGAGGCCUCGAGGUUAAAAACCCCUGUAAAGGAAGAGGAAGAAGUCAACGUGACUGACUCGCCCGAGAAACAACCAGAAGCAAAGCCAGGAAAAGCAGAUGAGCAGAAGGAUGAACCUGUAAAGGAGGAGACUGAAAUCAAAGAGGAGAAAAUGGAAGUAGAUGAUGCAAAAGAGGAAGGGGAAUCUGUUCCAAAGAAGGAUGAUACUGAAAAGGUUAAGGAAGAAUCAUCCGUCAGCAAUGACAGUGAAAAGAUGGAAAAAUCUGAGGAAAUAAAGAAUGAUUCCGAGCUGAUCAAAGAAGAAUCUCCCGAAGUGGAGGAGACUGCUAAAAAUUGUACUGAAGACAAAGUUGAGAAAAUGGAAGUAGAUGUAAAGGAAGAAAAGAUGGAUGAGCCUGAGAAGGUAGUGGAAGAGGUAGCCAAGCCUGUGGAGAAUGAGGUCAAAGCAGAGCAGGAAGAUAAAUCAGAAACACCAAAAUCCGAAAGCAAGACGGAACAAAAGGCUCCAGAAACUCCUAAAGAAGCGAGCAGCACUAGCGGUCACAGGCUGCUUGUCUUUAGGCCUGUUUGUGAAUUUGAUGAAAUUGAUAUCAGCAGGGCUUUGACCAUGCCCGGAAGACUUGCUUACCCAAAGGUGGCAAAGCCGAGUAAGCUGGAUGAGUUCCUUCAUCGUAGACUUCAGUUGAAAGCUGUAGAGGAAAGGACAUUGGCGCUCACUGCUGAGAACAAAAUGUCUCCCCAAAAGCAGCCUACUGCUUCUCCAGCUCAAGCAAAUAGCUCAAGUGCCACCACUCAAGUGGUCCAGCCUCCAAAGCACACUAGAGAGGAGCUUGAAGCGAUGUCUAAAGAAGUGGCCUACCACCUUGAAUUGUACUCUUCAGCCCACAAACUAAGCAAGGACCACCCUUGUUACAACCCACUGUGCAAACCCAACUCGAGCGUACCCAAUUGCUACUCUCCCAUGUGCAUACAGAGGUAUCGCCUACGAAAGGAGUUGCUGAUGACUCUUUGCAAGGCCAAGAGCAUGGGGAUUGACAUUAACAGCAAAAUCGGGGCACAGGCUUCAGUUCACUCAAAAGCACCCACCACUAAGAAGACAGAGUCUGAUGUAAAGCAAGAAGAGACAAAACCUGAAGACAAGCAAGAACCUAUUUUGCCAGCAUCACCUGAAAAGGUUGCCGAAAAAGUGGAAGUGAAGCAGGAGACUAAACAGGAAGUGAAGCAGGAAGAAACAUUGUCAAGUGAAUUGACAGUUGAAAAGAAAGAUGAAACCACUGUGCAGGUCACAACGACAACCACUACAGUAACAACGACUACUGUCACCGAGUCUGUGACAACCAAAGUGACUGCCUCAGAUAGUGGUGUGCUGAAAGCUGCUCUGAGUAAGAGUCGGCAGCACAUGUCAAGACCUCAACCUGAGCCUGUAGACAAGCAGAGGGUUUAUUCUGCUGACAAUCCCUCAGGCAAAUUGUACCUGAAAAAACUUGUGCGGGCCACAACAACUACUACGACAACUACAACCUCGACCCUCAGCACAGUUUUGGCAGGCGGCCGCAGGAAGAAAAUCCAAGUCAAAUAUCCUUUGAGUUCCAAGUACUGCAGUUUCAGCAAAAAGAACACCAUUUUGGCUUUGCCGCAGCAUGAAUUGAGGAAAAUGUCACGGAAAGGAGGUUACACUUAUGCCUAUGGAUUUAGUCACACAGCUAAGGCUAACCAAACUGUCUGGCCUUACCCUUGCCCAAGACCAUUGUUCAAGACAUGCUGGAUGUACCGCAUGACCUUGGCUACCUCUCUUGCCACAGUGGCCAUGCAGCUGAGGAUUUUCUGGCAUUGCAUGCGUUGGGACGACAUGCAGACUAAACCACCUAACAGUGAUGGAAAGAAUCAAGUCACUACAGACACUGAAAUAACAUCUACGGAGCUUCUGAAGCACCGCCAUGUUGGCCAAUUCAUGGAGAAGACGCAGUAUCUUCGAAGAAAGGUUGUCAUUCCCAUAGACCUGCCCAAAUCAGUCCGAGAAGUUACGUCCAUGCGAGUUGGCCUGCGCAAGAGAAAACGAGAAGAGGCUCCUCAAAACACUGAGCCAAAGGUAAUUGAAGACUGGAUUGACGAAGAAAAGUUGGAGCUGUGGGAAAUAAAGCAGUACAAUGACAGGCUCACGCGGGCUAAUAACCUGGUUGUUACUAGGAGUCGAACUGGCUCCUCGGCUCCAACCAAGCCCUCCGAUCAGCCAGCAACUCCGACCACUGGCACAAAGCAAGAAGUCGCCAAGGUGCAAUCAGCUGAGGAAAUCAAACAGCAACUGGAGCAGAACUUGAAACUUCAAAGGGCAGCUCUGCAACAGAAACGAGCUCUUGAUGGCGUUUCUCCCAAACCGAACAUUCUGAAAAUGGUGCCCAGUCCUGCACAAGGAGCAGCUGCAGCAAAACAGGGAGCUGGUCAGAAAGCCACUGUCACAACCAGAGUUUUUGUCACAAAAGACGGUGCCAGUCGUAUGAUUGGACAGCAAGCCAACAUUUUGCCCAAAGCCGUUGUUGCUCCUGGACAACCUCAACAGUCCCUGAUCCGUCUAACUCCAGGCACUGCCAACGCAACACCAACCACACCAACCCAGCAGAAAGUCCAAAUCAUUCCAGGGCCCGAUGGAAAGUACCAAGUGCGGGGCCUCUUGCCUGGCCAACAGCUGGUCCAACUGCCUGGUGGCAAAAUACAGGUCAUGUACACAUCGCCGACUGUGUCUUCCACUGUGACUACUCCAACCAUCCUAAAGACUGUGACCGUGCAAGCUCCUGGAACGCCUCUUAGCAGCAAGACGGCCUUGGCUGCUGGUCCUCGAGUGACUACAGUUGUCACUCAGCCUACCACUGUGGUUCAAACUGUGUCUCAGCCAACGCAAAUUACACAAACAGCAAUUCAACCGACCACCUCUGGCACACCUGUUACUUCUACACCUGGACCCACUGUUAAGGUUGUGACUGCUCCGUCAAGUGUUGGUAAGACCAAUCUGCUUGCCCAGCAGCUGAUGGCCUCUCCGACUGCAGCGGGCACAACCACUCCCCGUCAAUUGGUCAUUCGCCAGGGGACUCCUGGAGGCACACCAACAGUGCAGAAAAUUGUGUCUGCAGGAGGCAAUCAGGUCAUUGUGAGCAACGCCCAAGUCUUCACCACACCUAGCGGCCAGCAGGUUCUUCUUCAAAGUGCCGGUGGAACGCCUGGAAAUCAGCAGUUUGUGAUUGGCGGCCGAAUCAUCAACGGCCAACAGGUGCUUAUUCGAGGCCCCAACAAUACCCUGAUGACCUUGGCAGGCACUCCUGCUCAGGGUAACAUGAUCGUCAAGACUGUCAGUGCCACUCCCGGUGGUCAGAAGAUCGUUCAGAAGCCAAUCAUUGUCCAAAAGCCUGCACUUGCACCUACUACUGUAGUUGCCGCUUCUUCACCAAGUGUCCCUUCCAACAUCACAACCCCCACAGCUUCCACAACCACAACGCCCACCACUCAAACACCAGUCGUCAUUGCUGCACAACCUGCGACCCCGCAGACCCCCUCAACUCCUUCAAAGGAAACAACUCCCAAGCCUCAGCCAACUCCUCAAACAACCGUUGUUGUUGCUGCACCUUCUUCAACAACUCCUGCUGCCCAACCCGGAGCUCCUCUGCCCAAAUUGCUUGGCAAUCCAACCGCUCAGGUCAUCCAGACGCCAAACGGGCCAAGCAUCAUCCUUCAAGGGCUGAGAGGUAACUUCACAGAGCAGCAGUUGGCCUCCCUGAAGGAGCAGGUCAAGCAGCAUGUGCUCAAGCAGCAGGCCAACAAACUGUCGGGCAAUCAGAUGGUGAUCUCAAUGCCACCAGCCAACCCUGUCCAACAAGUGGUUGCCACCUCGCAACCUGUUGCCGUUUCGGCCACCCCUGUUACUCCUCAGACUAUUGUGAAGACCGUGAUGGCUCCUGUGCAGGCUGUAACUCCGUUGGUCGCUAAACCUGCCGAACAGCCCAAGGUUGUGGUGCAAACUGUGCAGCCGGUGAAGCCUGAGGUCAAAGUGGUUGUCAAGGCAGAGCAACAACCACCCAUGCAGCAGGUGGCACGCCAAGUGCUGGUCAACGGCCAGUCAUCAGCGCAGCCAGAGGCGCCGAAGUCACCGCCUGGAAAGAAUGAUAAGGGUCAGUUUGUCGUCACUCCUGACUACAUACAGCAAACAAUUAAAUCAGCUUUGAAACAAGACAACCUUCCUCCUGAGAUAGAAGAGAAACUGCUGCAAAUGCAGCGUUACCAGGAGCGGCAGAUGAAGGGGCCUGUGGUGCAACAAACGCCUCCUCCAGCAACUCCUCCGAGUCGCUCGAGUCAAUCUAGAAAGAGGAAUGCCAGCACCACCGUCCCAGCAACGCCUGCAGUUGAGGGCGCCACACCCAAGGACCCAAACUGGGAGCCAGCAAGAAAGAGAAGCGCCAACCGUGGUGGCGCGGCUGCAGCUGCGGCCCCAGACCUUCCUAAGGAGGCCAAGGAGGAAAAGCCGACUCCGAGCAGCUCAACUCCAACUGGCGGCCGAAACCGCAAGAGUUGGAAGGAGCAGCAGGAGGAGAAGAAACAGGCUCAGGCCGCCCAGCAGCUGAACAAUCUGCUGUUCCGCACCACCGAGGCCCUUCGCAAAGAGGCCACCAAGAAACGCGCCUUCCUCGAAAAGGAGCUCAUUGCUGAGAUCCAGCGCGAGGUGGCCGUCGAGUUGGCCGCUCGCACGCUGGCCGAGCGCAACAAGCAAGAGGAGGUGCGCACCACCAAACGCAAAGUCAGUGGCAGCGGCCCUCAGCCCAGACAGGUGGCCGUGGCCGGCGGCCAACACGGCGCGCCUUCGACGGUGCCCAAAACGCCGCCCAAGAAGCGGCAAAAGCGCUCUUCAUCUCCCAGCGGCCGAAAUAAGAAGGAGAAGCUCUUCUGUUCGUGUCGGACGCCGUACGACGACACAAAGUUCUACGUCGGCUGCGACCUGUGCAACAACUGGUUCCACGGGGACUGUGUCGGCAUCACCGAGCAGCAGAGCAAGGGCAUGACCGAAUUCGUGUGCGACGAGUGCAAACACGCCAGAGACACUAAGGAGCUCUACUGUCUCUGCAAACAGCCAUACGACGAAUCCAAAUUUUAUAUUUGUUGCGACCAAUGUCAAAAUUGGUUCCACGGGCGCUGCGUCGGAAUCUUGCAGUCGGAAGCAGACGGAAUUGAUGAGUAUGUGUGUCCGAAUUGCCAAGGCAGCUCAGAGAUCAAUCAGGCCAAUAUGAGAAAUCUCAAUGCUCGCGACAAUGAACUGCUCAAGAAACUUAUCAAACAGAUUCAAACACACAAGUCAUCGUGGCCAUUCAUGGAGCCAGUGGAUCCGACCGAGGCACCAAAUUAUUAUAAGGUCAUCAAUGAGCCUAUGGACUUACAAACAAUUGAGCUGAGAGUGAACGAAAAGGCGUACCAAAAGCUGCGCGACUUCAUUGGCGACAUGACCAAAAUCUUUGACAAUUGCCGGUUUUACAACCCCAAGGAGUCGCCGUUCUACAGAUGUGCAGAAAACCUCGAGGCCUUCUUUGUGCAAAAGCUCAAAAUGCUGCGGGCAAAGAUGCUGGAGACAAACUGAGAAUCUCUCUCCCUCUCGCCAGUGAAGUGGUCCAGUACAAAGACUCUUUUAGUUGACAAAGUAAAUUAAUUAAAAAUUAUCAUUUAUCAAAUGAAUCAACAACAACUGAUUGAACUGUGAGAGAGAGUUCGAAGGAACGCGCUUUUCCUCUUAUCUCUAAGUCGAUUUUUAUUUGGAUGACUUGAUUUUAAAUAUCACACACACCAGCAGCACGACUUGUCAUGGUUUUUUCCGCACGCAAAAGACUGGCAUUUUUUUGUACUAAAAAAAUUUGGGAAUGUUUUUCUUUGUUUUUCUACAUAGCCAAAACCUGUUCGUUUUUCCUGUUAGUUGAAUUGUUGUCGACUAUUUGUGCUGCUGCUACGAAGAUGAAUAAAAAUAUUUGAGAAUAAAAAUAGAAAUUUU